AUGGUGACAACUUUUUUGAGUGGAUGGCUAUGGCUUAAAGAGUUCCCAUCAAAGGCACUUACCAAAUUGAAUAACAUAUCAUUGCAGAUCAAGAAAAUUGCAAAUGAUGAUCCAAGAAGAUUGACACACUCUCUAAAAGUUGGACUUGCUCUAACUUUGGUCUCCCUUUUUUACUACUUCCAGCCUUUGUACAGCAGCUUCGGUGUCUCGGCAAUGUGGGCUGUCAUGACUGUGGUAGUCGUCUUUGAAUUCUCUGUCGGUAAGUCGUGCUCAAAAUUCCAGUCGAAACCAGGUGCGACGUUAGGAAAGGGGCUGAACAGGGGAUUGGCAACAUUGGUAGCCGGUGGAUUAGGUCUCGGAGCUCAUCAUCUUGCGGUUGUGAGCGGAAAAACAUGCGAGCCCAUAUUGAUUGGACUAUUCGUCUUCCUACAAGCUGUUGUGUCGACGUUCAUACGGUUUUUCCCGACCGUGAAGGCCAGAUAUGAUUACGGGAUGCUAAUAUUCAUACUCACGUUUUGUCUGGUUUCCAUCUCGGGUUUGAAAACCCACGAAAUUCUUGAGGUUGCUCACAAGAGGCUGUCGACCGUGGCUAUUGGCGCGUCCACUUGUGUGGUCGUGUCCAUUUUCGUAUAUCCCGUGUGGGCCGGGGAGGACCUCCACAAACUUGUUGCUAAGAAUAUCGAUAAAAUUGGAAAUUAUUUACAAGGUACAAUAGUGUUGUACUCCUAUGCGAAUUUCGCUAGAUGGGAACCGGGUCAUGGACGGUUCAUGUACCGCCAUCCAUGGAAACAGUAUCUCAAAAUAGCUAGUUUAACCAGAAAUUGCGCCUGUCGAGUUGAGGCUCUCAAAGGCUAUCUAAAUUCUAAAUCUCAAGCACCCCAAGAAAUCCGAGCCACGAUCUCAAACAUGAGCUCGGAAUGUGGAAAAGCACUUAAAGAGCUAGCAUGGUCAGUCGAGACCAUGACCAAACUAACGUAUCCAAAUCCACGUGCAUCGAGCCUUAAAACCGAGUCCAAGAAGCUUAGUUCUCUCCUAAAAUCGGAUUUUUGGGGAGAACAAGCGAACCUCGUGCAAGUGAUUCCAGUUGCUGCAGUUGCAUCCCUGCUAAACGAUACAGUUGCUUAUGUCGAGAGUAUUGCUGACGCCAUUGAUGAGCUCAGCACCUUAGGGAAUUUUGAGUCUCGGGAUGCGACUUUGUCUGAGAAAGGAAUAACAGAAAAGAAUAGUAGUAUUGUUGCACCACUUGUUAGUGUUGUGAUUGAUUUAAAUCAUUCAACGGCACCCGGUUAA